AUGGAUUUUAAGGCCAACUUAAAGGGGGUCAAGGCCAAGACGGAGGACGAGCGCAAAGUGGCCAGCGGCGCUGCGCAGCAAAUGGACUUCCGCUCCGUGCUGGGGAAGAAGGGAGGCGCCAGCAAGGUCGAGAAGAACCCCGCCACCACCGCGGACUCUAAGAAGAAGAACGGAGGGAGCGCGGGAAAGAUGGUCAACAACUGCGUGGCAGACGGGGCGCCCAAGUUUGCCCAGAAGCUGAGCGACGUGACGGUGGUGGACGGACAGCGCCUGCACCUGCAGUGCCGGCUGGACGGCGAGGGCGACGUCGACGUCAUGUGGACACUGGACGGAAAACUCGUCAAAGCGUCCAAGUUCAUCGUUCUCAAAAACCAAGGUGGCGUUUGCUCGCUGAGCAUCGACAAAGCCUUGCCCGAGGACGAAGGCGUGUACAAAUGCAAAGUGGAGAACUCGGCGGGUCGGGACGAGUGUUCUUGUUUGGUUCUGGUGGACGAUCCUCCGGAAAAGUCGGCAGCUGACAAGGAUUCCAAGAAGAAGACGGCCGCCACCUCAGAGAGCGAAGCGCGAAUAAAGAAGCCUACAGCCAAGACACCUCCCAAACAAGCGUUGCCGCCCAACAUCGUGGAGUUCCCGGAGGACAUGAAGAUCCUAGCCGGGGAAAAGGUGGAGAUCUUGUGCAAGUUCACGGGAGCGCCGCCGAUCAACUGCACGUGGCUCAAGUUCAGGAAACCGAUCCAGGAGGGCGCGGCGGGGACGUCCAUUAGCAGCAGCGACAGCAGCAGUUUGCUGAGCAUCGCCAGCGGACAGCAGGAGCACUGCGGCUGCUACACCGUCGAGCUGAGGAACCAAUAUGGCCUCCGCCAGGCCGCCCUCAACCUCACCAUCGUGGACAAGCCGGACCCGCCGGCGAAGGUUCCGGCCCUAUCCGACGUGAGGCGUUCCAGUCUGACGCUGUCGUGGUACGGUCCCACCUACGACGGCGGCAGCGCCGUCCAGACCUACCACCUUGAGAUGCGCAACUCUGUGGAGCAGGAGUGGAAGCCGCUGGUGUCUUGCAACAGCACGUCCUACAAUGUCCAAAACCUUCUUCCGGAGCGCCAGUACAAGUUCCGGAUCCGAGCCGAGAACAUCUACGGCAUCAGCGAGCCCAGCGCCGAGUCCGAGGAGGUCACCGUGGGCCUGGUGGACGAUAACAAGAACCAGGAGGAAGCGGAAGAAGAGGAUGACGACUCUGAGAAGGAGCCGGACUACAGGCAGGUGACGGUCCGAACCGACGUGAAGGUGAAGGAGCUGUACGACGUUGAGGAGAGGCUGGGAACGGGCAAGUUUGGUCAGGUGUUCAAGCUGGUGGAGAAAGCCACCAAGAAGGUGUGGGCGGGCAAGUUCAUUAAAGCGUACUCGGCCAAGGACAAAGAAAACGUUCGGCAAGAGAUCGGCAUCAUGAACAGUCUCCACCAUCCCAAGCUGGUCCAGUGUGUGGACGCCUUCGAGGGAAAGUCUGACAUUGUGGUGGUUUUGGAGAUGAUCUCCGGGGGUGAGCUGUUCGAGCGCAUCAUCGACGAGGACUUUGAGCUGUCGGAGCGUGAAGUCAUCAAGUACAUGCUCCAGAUCGUGGACGGGGUGGGCUUCAUUCACAAACAGGGCAUCGUGCACCUUGACCUCAAACCCGAGAACAUCAUGUGCGUCAACAAGAUCGGAAGCAAGAUCAAACUCAUUGAUUUUGGCCUGGCCAGGCGGCUAGAAAAUGCCGGAACCCUGAAAGUUUUGUUCGGAACGCCCGAGUUUGUCGCGCCCGAAGUCAUCAACUACGAAGCCAUCAGUUACCCCACUGACAUGUGGAGCAUCGGCGUCAUAUGCUACAUUCUGCUAAGCGGCCUGUCGCCUUUCAUGGGCGACAACGACAACGAGACGUUGGCCAACGUGACUUCGGCCACGUGGGACUUUGAGGACGAGGCUUUUGACGAGAUCUCGGACGACGCCAAAGACUUCAUCACCAGGCUGCUCAAGAAGGACAUGAAGGCACGUCUAAGCUGCCCCCAGUGCCUGGAGCACAGCUGGCUGAAGCAGGACACCAACACCAUGAAGGCCAAGAAAUUGUCCAAGGAGAGGAUGAAGAAGUACAUCCUCAGGAAGAAGUGGCAGAAGACGGGCCACGCUAUCAAAGCCAUUGGCAGACUCUCCUCCAUGGCCAUGAUGGCGGGGGUCCACGCCAAGAGGGGCUCGCCCACCGAAGAGGACAACCAGUUUCUGGAGUGCUUGGAGCUGGAACACAAGGCCGAGUGCAAGCCCAGCUUCAGCUCCGUCAUCAAAGACGUGGAGGUGGUGGAGGGCAGCGCCGCGCGUUUUGACUGCAAGAUCGAAGGUUACCCGGACCCAGAAGUGGUUUGGUACAAGGACGAGCAGCCCAUCAAGGAGACCAGACACUUUCAGAUCGACUACGACGAGGACGGCAACUGCAGCUUGGUCAUUUCCGAGGUGUCGGGCGACGACGACGCCAAGUAUACGGUGAAGGCCGUCAACAAUCUGGGCGAAGCCACCUGCACCGCCGAGCUACUGGUGGAGGUCAUGGCCGGAGAGGAAGAGGAGGAAGAGGAGGAGUGA